CUCUUUUUUCUACUCUUUCUUUGACUUGUUCUCUGCACGCCAAACCCUCCCAAAACCGUUAACUUCAACGUUCCACUAUUUUUGGUUACAAAGGCUGAAACUGAAACCAAUAUGGGUAGGUCACCAUGCUGUGAAAAAGUAGGCUUGAAGAAAGGGCCUUGGACUCCAGAGGAAGACCAAAAGCUCAUGGCUUACAUUGAAGAGUUUGGCCACGGAAGCUGGCGUGCUUUGCCUGCCAAAGCUGGACUUCAAAGAUGUGGGAAGAGCUGCAGGCUAAGGUGGACUAACUACCUGAGACCAGACAUAAAAAGAGGAAAGUUCAGCUUGCAGGAGGAGCAAACAAUCAUUCAACUCCAUGCCCUUCUUGGGAACAGAUGGUCAGCCAUAGCAGCUCAACUUCCCAAGAGAACCGACAAUGAAAUAAAGAACUAUUGGAACACACACCUGAAGAAGAGGCUAACCAGAAUGGGGAUAGACCCCACCACCCACAAGCCGAAAACCGACGCACUCGGCGGCGCCGGUGGCGGCCAAACUAGAGACGCGGCCAACCUCAGCCACAUGGCUCAGUGGGAGAGCGCGAGGCUCGAAGCCGAAGCGAGAUUGGUUAGAGAAUCAAAGUUGCAAGUCCAGAACAACCUCGGCUCCAACAACACCCAACCUGCGAGACUUGUUCUCAACAAAAUCACAACACAACAACAACCCUCGCUGCCACCGUGCCUCGAUAUUCUCAAAGCAUGGCAAAGCUCAUGGAACAAACCGCCACAACCAUCAACAACAAAAGAAAACAACACCAAGAUAAUGCAUAGCAUGUAUGCAAUGAUGCUUUCCACUGAUGACACUCUAGAGUCUCCAACAUCUACAUUGUGUUUCCCAGGAACAACAACAACAACAAUGCUUCCUGUUUCCAACAACCACAACAACAACAACAUUGGAGUACUGUUCAAUGAAAACAACAGCAACAUGUAUUCUCUCGCGACAAACAUCGAUGAUGGCGUGUUCAUGAAAGACAACACCGCCACAAUGUUGCAUUUGCAAAUGCAAGACGAUGAUAUCAUGGCGGCGGUGGAAGCAUUCAGAACGUACGACGACAACAGCAGCAACAAAUACAAUAAUAAUAAUAAUAAUAAUAUUGUUGUUGUCCCUCCCUUACUCUCCAACAGUGUCGUCCUCGAAGGAUUCAACAAUGAAAGUAAUGAUAAUAAUAACGUUGCUUCGUUGGUGGUUUAUGACUCCAACGAUAACUUGAGCACGGAAGAAGCAGAGAACCUGGCAAUCAUCAACGGGGACGGAAGCCUCUGCAACGUGAAGAACCUCGAUGAGAAUAAUAAGCAUUACUGGAAUAACAUAUUCAAUUUGGUGAAUGAUCCCUUGUCUGGUUCCUCUGUCUUCUGAAGAAGCUAGCUAGUUAAGUUAGUUAGUGUAGCUGUUAGCUAUAGGAACAUUAGGUUAAAUAAUGCUAAUGAUAAUGUCUUACAAUAAUAAUUAUGUAACCAUGGAUGAUAAUAUAUAUAUUCUUGUCCCAAUAUGUGGAUUUUAGCUAGGUGUUAAGUGUUAACCGUUAUUGAGUGUGUAAAAGUAACCCUUCUUGAUAUUUAAUUAGCUUUAGCACCAUUUGUUACACCUAGGAUUUGGAUUCACCC